AUGGCACAUCAUGAAAAAGCUCAAGAAAAAGUUGGUUGGCUGUUGUGCCGGAAUCCAGGGCUCUCUGAUGAUUUCAACUACUGCGUUGACUUCAGCUUCACUAUAGACGAGUUUGAGCAGAAUUGGGCUGGGUUAAUGAUGAAGUACGAGGCUAUGACACACACACACUUUGAGAAGUUGUACGAAUACAGGUCAACUUGGGUGCCGUGCUACUUCAAACAUAGGUUCUACCCCUUCCUGCAGUCUACACUGCGUAGUGAGGGGCUCAAUGCCAUCCUAAAAAGAUAUGUGAACCCACACAACUCAAUGCUGAAGUUCGUCAAGCAAUAUGAAAAAAUUCAGAACCACAUCCUUGCCAAGGAAGGCUGCAAUGAUUACAGGACAGAACACCUUGAGAUUGAGCUAUGGUCCAACUUCCCAAUAGAGAGGCAAGCUUACGAAACCUACAUUAGGGACCUUUACCGCAAGUUCAGAGAAGAGUUUGAGCUGAUUGGACAUUAUAAUGCGUUCCAAGUUGGUGCUGACCUUUUUGAGCUCAGACCGGACCAGGAAUUUGUUGCCAAAUAUGGUUCUCGAAACUACUUGGUGCAGGCAAGGGUGGAGGAUGGUUCCUAUUUUUGUGAGUGCUGCAAAAUGGACAAGGACGGCAUGCUCUGUUGCCACAUCCUCAAGGUGUUCACCCAUAUUGGAGUUGAUGUCAUACCAGAAAGGUACAUGCUAAGACGGUGGACACCUACUGCUGUCCCUAGUGCACGAGGGACCAGGUAUGAGCAACCGGAUGAAAUGCCUCCUCAAUCAAAAAAGCAGAUAAGGGAGAGAAACAUGAUAUACGAUUUUCAGAAACUAGCCAAGUUAGCAAGUGGCUCUGAUGCAACACAAGCCAUUAUGAUGGUAACCCUCAAGGACCUCCUCCACCUCCAGGUCCUACACGGCAUGCUCCGCCACCUCCUCCCCCGCCUGGCCCAACAAGCAGUGCCCCGCGUGCUCCUCCCAACGGCCCUACAGGCAGUGAUGGCAACCCUCGAGGACCUCCUCCACCUCCUGGCCCUACACGGCAUGCUCCGCCACCUCCUCCCCCGCCUGGCCCAACAAGCAGUGCCCCGCGUGCUCCUCCCAAUGGACCUACAGGCAGUACUCAAGGGGCUAAUCACCCAGGGAUCCUCCAAGGUCUACUACAAAGGGUAG